AUGCCUCGUGUAGCAAAGAAGACGGGCGCUGCCCUGUUGGCGGAAUUGAGAGCCAAUCGAGCGGCGGGCAAGACGCGUUUAUCCACAUACGAAGUGGCCGAAGAAGAGCAAUUGUACGAUACCGUCGAUGAAGAGGGAUACAAAAAGAUUGUGAGGGGCCGAUUGGACGAAGAUGACUUUGUGGUCGGCGACGAAGGCGAGGGAUAUGUCGAUGAUGGCAGAGAAGAGUGGGAUGAUGACCAGGGCAAAUACCACUAUGCUGCGACAGACAGCGAAGGAGAGGAGCGUCCCGCCAAAGGGAAAGCCGCCAAACGGAAACGCGAAGAGGACGAAGAGAAGCGGAAAAAGAUUGAUAAAGGCAUCAGCAAGUACUUCAACGCCAAGAACGCUGCAAAGGCACCGAAAGCAAAGCCGGUCGCUACAGAGGCCGACAAAGACUUCAUGAACGAUCUAUUAGGGGAAAUCGACACAAACCCCGCCCGCUCCUCUUCAAGCCGAAUGCGACCCAUCAAGACUGAAGCGAGACGGAAAACAAGAGUCCUAUCACCUCCGAUAUCCGAGAACCGCCCGGCAGCCACGAAAAGACGUACAGAUGACUCGGACGCUUACAUGCCAGACACGCCGCCAGCGCUGAAUGCACACGCAGACGACGACGGUCUUCCUACAUUUGACGACGACAUUGCCAUGAGUGACCCUCCGCUACCGUCAUCACCCGUAACAAAAGCCGUAGAGCGGCGAACACAGCCUGUGGUAAAACAAGAGGAAGAGGAAGAUGAUUUGAUGGAGAUAGCCCAACCCACCACCCAUCACGGAGUACCCGUUGCCAGUGUCAACAUGGCGGGAAGACGACCGAUAGCAAAACUCAAGGAGGAAAACCCUACACCCGCCAACUCGUCACCUGUUGGCCCAUCAACAGCCUCUUUCGAUGCCUCUUCUUGGAGCGACGUCACAAGCAAGCUCAACGUCAUGAGCAGUCCUGCCCCACAAAACACAGGCAUAGGUAAAAUGGAACCACAGGACGCAGUGGAAGAAGAUGGUAGCCUGCGCUUCUUCUGGAUUGACUACACUGAAAUCAACGGCAGCUUGUGUUUGUUCGGCAAGGUCAAGAACAACAAGACGGGAAACUAUUCCAGUUGCUUCGUCAAAGUCGACAACAUCCUCCGAAAGCUUUACUUUUUGCCCCGGGAAUACCGUCACGUAAGAGGCGUAGCUACCGACGAAGAGGUUGGGCUAAGCGACGUAUCGGACGAGGUCGAUUCAAUCAUGAGCAAACACCGAGUGAACCUUCACAAGAUCAAGCCGUGUACGAGGAAAUACGCAUUUGAAUUGCCCGACAUACCCAAGGAAGCCGACUAUCUCAAACUUUUGUACGGAUACGACAAGAUGCCGCUGUCCUCUGAUCUGAAGGGAGAGACGUUUUCACACGUAUUCGGAACCAACACUUCGCUUUUCGAGCAGUUUGUCCUCUGGAAGAAUAUAAUGGGACCUUGCUGGCUCAAGAUUGAUAACCCUGACUUUGGGUCUCUUUCAAAUGCCUCUUGGUGCAAGCUCGAAGUACUGGUGAGCAAACCCAACAACAUCGCAGUUAUGAGCGCUUCGGACAAUUUGGAUGCACCUCCCAUGACGCUCAUGAGUCUUUCGUUGCGAACCACAUUUAAUGCCAAGGACAACAAACAAGAAAUCCUGAUGGCCAGCGCUAUGAUUUACGACAACUUUUCUUUGACCGACACCACCCCCGUGGACCAAAUGCAGUGCAAGAGCUUCACAAUCAUGCGGCCGAAUGGAAGCUCCUUUCCAAUUGGCUUUGAAAAGGAAGUCGAGAAGAUCAAAGGCAACAUGUACCUCAAGAAGACUGAGCAAGAACUCCUCAGUUUACUCAUGGCCAUGUUUCAGCGACACGACCCCGAUGUUCUCAUUGGCCAUCGUCUUGACGAUGUAGAUUACAGUGUUCUGUUGAGCCGCCUGCGGGAGAAGAAGACCCCGGGAUGGCAUCGUAUCGGACGCCUCAAGAGGAGCGAUUGGCCCAAGAGCAUGGGCAAGGGUGGAGGCAGCUUCUUCGCCGAGAAGCAACUGGCUUCUGGCCGUUUGCUCUGCGACUUGGCCAACGAUCUUGGAAAAUCCCUCAUGACCAAGUGUCAGUCGUGGAGUCUAGAAGAAAUGUGCCAGCUGGUACUCAACAAGCGACGUGAAGAGCUCGAUAACGAUGCUGCCCUCAAGACUUGGGCUACGACAAAAGAAGGCCUUCUCAACUACGUCAAGCACUGCCAAGCCGACGCUUACUUCAUCGCUGCUAUUUCGAUCAAGGUGCAAAUGCUUCCACUUACCAAAGUCCUCACGAACUUGGCUGGUAACUCCUGGGGUCGAACUCUCAGCGGAACUCGUGCCGAGCGUAACGAAUACAUUUUGCUCCACGAGUUCCACAAGAAUAAAUACAUUUGCCCCGACAAACAGUGGGGUAAGAGCAAAGCCAAGGUCGACGAAGAAGCCGCUGAGGGCGAGGAAGGUGCGGACGCAAAGAAGAAGGACAAGUUCAAGGGUGGUCUUGUCUUUGAGCCUGAAAAGGGACUCUACGACAAGUUCAUCUUGGUCAUGGACUUCAACUCCCUGUAUCCCAGUAUCAUCCAGGAGUUCAACAUUUGCUUCACCACCGUCGAGCGCUCUGAUCUGUCAGAGGACGAUGAUAAGGUACCCGAGGUACCUACAGAUCAACAACAGGGUAUCUUACCGCGCCUUAUCGCCACGCUUGUCUCUCGACGUCGUGAGGUGAAGAAGUUGAUGAAGGCCAAGGAUGCGACGUCGGAUCAGCUGGCCACCUGGGAUAUUAAGCAGAUGGCUUUAAAGCUGACUGCCAACUCCAUGUACGGAUGUUUGGGAUAUACUAAAUCGCGUUUCUACGCUAGGCCUCUGGCUAUGCUUACAACGUACAAGGGUCGAGAGAUUCUCCGCAAAACCAAGGACAUGGCUGAGGUGAAGGCGCUUCGUGUCAUUUACGGUGAUACCGAUUCCGUCAUGAUCAACACCAAUGUCGACAACAUUCAGGAUGCACUCAAGCUGGGCAAUGAGUUCAAGAGGGAGGUCAAUGACAGCUAUAAGUUGUUGGAGAUUGAUAUUGACAAUGUCUUCCGUCGCAUCCUGCUGCAUGCGAAGAAGAAGUAUGCCGCGAUCAACAUGGUGCCCGUGGACGGCAAGUACAUCGAGAAGCUUGAAGUCAAAGGUCUGGACAUGAGGCGUAGGGAGUACUGUGCCCUUUCAAAGGAAACGUCUACAGAACUGCUCAAUUUCCUCCUUAGUGGGGAGGAUCCAGAAGUAGUUGUUGAGAAGAUCCACAAUCACCUUCGCGAGCUCAGCAAGCAAAUGCGCGAAUAUGCGAUUCCUGCUCGCAAGUACACUAUCUACACACAGUUGGGAAAGAAUCCCAAGGAGUACCCCAACGGCGGUUCUAUGCCUGCAGUCCAAGUGGCUCUGCGCCUUCAGUCCAAGGGCAAGCUCGUCAAAGCCAAAGAUGUCAUGAGCUUCAUCAUCACUGGCGAAUCAUCCGGCUCCGCAGAAAACGCAGCGAAGAACGCGUUCCCCGUCGACGAAGUGCUCAAGCCCGACAGCGGACUAAAGCCCGACAUCGACUACUACCUCCACAAGCAAAUCCUCCCCCCAGUCGAGCGUCUCUGCGCCCCCAUCAGCGGCACAAACAUCACGCUCCUCGCCGCCUGUCUCGGGCUCGACAGCUCCAAAUACCGCGUCAGCACGGUAUCCGGCAGCGCCCAACAAGACACGGAGAUCCACCCUCUAGAAUCCCAAAUCCCAGAUUCCGUCCGCUUCCAAUCCUGCUCCCCGCUCUGGCUCCGCUGCAGAACAUGCACAACAGUCUUCCCCUUUCAAGGCCUCGCCUCCACCUCCCCAACUACACUCUCCCUACAAACUAUCUCCCACAACGGCAUCCAAUGCCCCGCGCCCACCUGCGGUACCAUCAUCCCCAACAUCACAGUCGUCGCACAACUCGAAUCCGCUAUCCGUCAGAUACUCGCCACUUACUACGCCGGCCACGUCGUCUGCGAUGACCCGCAGUGCUCAAACCGCACCCGCAGUAUCUCCGUCUACGGCCACCGCUGUCUGGGUCCCAAGGGUCUGGCGCGCGACUGCCUCGGUAAAAUGAGCUAUGUGGUUAAAGAACGUGAUGUUUGGAAUCAGCUGUUGUACUUUGCGUCGUUGUUUGAUGUUGAUCGCGUGGGUAAGGAUGUUGGUGGUGGGAGUGCUGGUGUUAAAGCUGAGGAGAUGGAGCGGAGGGAGAAGAUCAAGGUACUGGCGGAGGUUAAUAGGGAGAGGUUUGGGACGCUGAAGGGGGUAGUGGAGAAGUGGCUCGAGAGGAAUGGAAGGCAGUGGGUUCAGAUGGAUAGUUUGUUUUCUUUUGCGCUCAAGGCUUGA